GGUAUCUCGUCGUGUUGGUACUGAUUUUUGUGUUUUGGCAGCAUUGUCACAGAUUUUAUGUACGCAUGUUUUUUUACGUGAAGCUAAUAACAUUUUGAGACUCUUGUUUUCGAGAACUUUGGUCUCAGCUUUCAAAUAAAAUAUUAGAGAUAUAAUUGACAUUUAUUAAUUAUUUUAUAUAUUAUUUAUUUUCUGUCAAAAUGAGAUAUGCUCAGCUAGUAAUGGGUCCGGCCGGCAGUGGCAAGGUAAUAAAUUGUUCGAUUAUGCAACGACACGCUGCUGACUCCAGAAAGACUGUAGAUGUUGUGAAUUUAGAUCCAGCAGCAGAAUAUUUCAAUUAUGAACCUUUAGCGGAUAUAAGAGAAUUGAUUCAAUUGGACGAUGCCAUGGAAGAUGAUGAGUUUAAUUUUGGACCAAAUGGUGGACUUGUAUUCUGUAUGGAGUAUCUAGUUGAAAAUGCAUCUUGGUUGGAAGAGAAAUUAGGUGACACAGAUGAUGAUUACAUAAUAUUUGACUGUCCAGGACAAAUUGAGUUAUAUACUCAUAUGACUGUAAUACGGCAGCUGAUAGCCACCUUACAGAAACUUAACUUCCGUAUAUGUGGAAUAUUUCUAAUAGACGUUCAAUUUAUGAUAGAUGCGUCAAAGUUUCUGUCAGGUACUUUGGCUGCUCUUAGUGUCAUGAUAAACUUAGAAAUUCCACAUAUCAAUAUCCUUAGUAAAAUGGACUUGCUAUCAAAAAACACGCGGAAAAAAUUAGACAAUUAUAUCGAUCCCGAUCCAUAUAGUUUAUUAGCAGAUACAGAUGGAGAUCCAUGGAACGAGAAAUACCGCAGUCUUACAGAGAGUCUCGGUAGAAUCAUAGCAGAUUAUAGCUUAGUGCGUUUUUUGCCAUUAAAUAUCAAAGAUGAGGAAAGUAUCGCGGACAUAAAAUUAACGAUCGAUAAUACUAUACAAUAUGGCGAAGAUGCAGAUGUAAAAACGAGGGACUUUGAUGAACCAUGCGCGGAUAACGAAGCAGAUGAAUCCUAAACUCACUUUGUAAAAAAAAAAA